AUGUCUGCCAUGGAGUACGAGAACGAGAACGGUCACUAUGACGACGACCGUCGCUACGAUCGCGACCGCAGUGCGUCUCCUCGGGGAGAUUCGCGUGUUGACCGUGACCGCAGCCUUUCCCCCAACGGCCGUGCCGAUGACAGAGCCCCCGCCAGUGAUUCUAGGAAGGAUGAGGAUGACGAAGGAUCUAUCAACCCUGGAUCCAACCUCUUCGUCACUGGCAUCCACCCUCGGCUGACCGAGGCAGAUAUCUCUCGCUUGUUUGAAAAAUAUGGCGAUGUUGAGAACUGCUCUAUCAUGAUUGACCCUCACACCAAGGAGUCUCGUGGAUUUGGUUUCGUCAAGAUGGUCACUGCCGAACAAGCUGAUGCCGCUAAGGAAGGCUUGCAAGGUGAGGUUAUCGAGGGCCGUACUCUCAGCAUCGAGAAAGCCCGUCGUGCCCGUCCGCGCACACCCACUCCCGGAAAGUACUUUGGUCCCCCUAAGCGAGAGCUACGCCGUGGUCCUCCUCGUGGAGGCCGUGACCGCUAUGAUGACCGUCGUGGAUACGGUGGUGGCUCGCGCCGCUAUGAUGACUACCGCUAUGGCCGGUACGACUCCUAUGGCCGCCGUGGUGGUGACUACCGUGAUGAGUAUGGUUACCGUGGAGGUGGUAGCAGCGGCGGCGGCGGCGGCGGCAGCGGCAGCGGUGGUGGGCGCGACUAUGGGCGUGAUUACAACCGCGAUUAUAGCCGCCGUGAUGACUAUCGUGAAGAGUACGGUGGCGGCGGCAGUGGUUAUCGUGGUGGAAGCGGUGGAGUUGAUCGGUACGCCUCUCGCGAGGAACGUUACCCUCGUGGUGAAGACCGUCGUAGCGGUGGUGAGGAACGUCGCGGUGGAGGUGCUGGUGCUAGUGCUAGUGCUGGUGCUGGUGGCGGCAGCAGCGGCGGCGCCUUCUAUGAUCGUGAUGCUAGUGCUCCUAGCUACGAUCAGGCUCCUCGUGAAAGCCGUGACCCUUAUACCGGUGGUGCCGGUGGUCGGUCCUACGAAGGCCGUGGUGAGGAGAGAUACAGCGCUAGGUAG